AUGAUGAGCGACAUCGUUAGCAGCUGGAAGCUGGAGCAGUUUGUGCUCCAGAAGUGUCUCCCCCCAAUUUGGUCACCGGGGUCUUUCCAGGGCCCAGAUGCGUACCAGCAGCUGUGCCAGCAGUGGGAGAGCUGGUCGGAGGAGAACAAAAAGCCCAAACCCACUAACAAGUGUAAGAAGCGAGCAGCUUUGCAGGGUUUGCUGAUGGUAGGCAGGGAGUUAUCCAAACUGCUGAAGGAGGCUCUUGAGAAUGUGCAGAACUUGGAGCAGGCCAAGGAGGAGCUCAAAAUCCAGGUGGACAACCUGCGGGCGGAGGUGCAGGGUUUGUGCGGGGACUCUCUGCGGAGCGCCGUGGAGAUUACCCGGCUGGAAAGCAAGCUGGGCUAUGAGAAGCUGAAAACAGAGGAGCUGAAGAAGGAGGUUGGCAAGUGGAUUGGGGAGACCCACGAUGCGCAGAGCGCGGUGCGGGCGGUCCUGCAGGACGUCCAGCGGGACCGGGGCACUGGCCCCGACCACAAGGUAUGCCAUGCCAAGAUCCAGGAGCUGGAGGCAGAGCUGGGGGUCUCAAGGGGCAUUGUGGCUGCCAUUAAAGGCAAGAGGGCCCCGAUAGGGAAUGGUGAGGGGGAGGAUUCCCUGGACCUGCACCCACCCCACUACGAUUAUGAAGAUGAUGUGUGGGGUGCUAACACCCCCACCAGGCCGUCCCCCUAUGCUCCUCUGCGGGAGGAGGUGUGCCAGCUGCAAGUAGGGGAGGCAGAGGCUUCCAAAGAUAAAAAGGUCCCCCACGAUGAGCCAGUCAGCCAUGUCCCACUCCAGCCCGUAGACACCAACAGGGCUGUGCUCUGGUUUACCCCUGAGCAGCUUAAGACAGUGGGGAAGAUGCUGGGGCCACUGACAAAGGAGACAGCGAUUAACUGGCUGUCCAGGGUCCAGCGUCUGCCCAAGUGCCAGAGUGGCAACUUUGUGAGUGACCUGAUAGACAUUGUGAGAAAGUGCAUGAAACCGGAUGAUUUCGCGGCACUGCCGGGGGAUGUGCAGAUGGGCAAUGUGCAGGAUAUUGGGGAUGUCCAGCUGGCCGUGCUGAAGGUGUUCUUCCCAGAGGUCAACCCCUUAGUGCUCUUCCACCAGGAGAAGCAAAACCCCGAGGAGAGGCCCGAUGCCUAUGUUAACCGUAAAAAGAUGCUCUACCAGAUGGCCGGGCUGCCUGGCUCAAAGGACUCCCCCCUUGAUUUUGACAGGCCCGAAUUCAAGGAGCCACUGGUGGUGGGGCUGACACCCCCACUGCGGGUGAUUGCUGGUGGGGAUGCAGCCAAAAAGCCUCUGUCAGAGCUGGAGCAGAUCCUCAACCAGAAUUUUGAGCUGCAAAAGCAGGCAUUCCCAGGGUACAUGUUGGGGGGGAAGAAAGGGAAAACCAUGGCCAUGUCUUUCCAAAAUGCAGGGAUGAGAAAAAUGCAAGGAGACAACCGAAAAGAUCCUGACGGCAAGGGGGGGUUGGGGAAGGAGAACCAGCAAGGGCUGAGGUUUCAGAAGUCUAACACCUGGCGGGCUGAGCUGAGGAAGCGCUUGAUAAAAUACGAGAAACAGGAGGACAUUGAUGGCUUGCCGGAUGCGGAGCUCUUCCAAAAGCUGGCCCUCCAUGAGGCCAAAAAGCAGAGCAGCUCCCACCUGAUUGACCCGGGGUCUAAGGCUCAGCAAUAGGGCUGCCAGGCACCCACAUCGCCCCUUUUUGUGGCACCGAUUAAGACCGAUUUGCGGGGGCGCCUGAUAGUUGAUACAACUAUUGGAGGAGGGGUGCUUGGACAAGUGAUGUUAAUUGAUACUGGUGCCUCUUAUUCAAUUCUGAAUAUGGCCCCCGGCAGAGCCGGGAUCUUCCAAACCUCUGAAAUUAUUGAAUUGACAGGGCUGAAUGGCCAGAAAUCCUCAGUGCCGUUCACAGGGCCCAUACCCUUUGAAAUUGGGGCUGCCAAAGGGUCUGAAAAAUUUGGGAAAAUUGAAAUGAAAGGAAAGCCGGGAAUUUUAGCCGUCUCUGCACUGACAAAGAUGGGGGUGGUGGUGGACCUGGCAAACCAAGCAUUGCUACACUGCCCCCAAAUUGAUUUGCCCGUCAUCCCGGCAAGCCACAGGGUGAUGUCAGUGAAAGCCCCUGAGACCCUGGUCCACCCCGAGUGGGAACCGCGGGUGAAACGGGUCACAGAACAGUUCCCCCAGGUCUGGGCAAGGAGCAAGCUGGACUGUGGGCAGAUUGAUGCUGCUGUGUCAAUCAAAGGGCCGGAUCCGCCUCCUCAGCCUCAGCCCUGGUACCCAACUGAGGCUGAGGACAGCUUGUGGGGCACAGUCAAAACCUUGCUGGAUCAGGGCGUGCUGGUGGAGCAGCAGAGCACCAGCAACGCCCCGGUGUGGCCCCUGAGGAAAGCUGAUGGGAAAACGUGGAAGCUGACAGUCGAUUUCAGCACCCUGAACCAAGUCACCCCAAUGCAGACCUCCACGGUGGUCAAGUAUCCCAACAUCAUGGCAGCCAUCUCCCAGGGGUCCGAGUGGUUCUCGGUGCUCAGCCUGACCAGCCCAUCAUUUGCCAUCCCCUUGCACCCCGAGUCUUGGCACAAGUUUGCCUUCACGAUUCGAGGCCGGCAAUUUGCUUUCACCCGAGUCCCUCCGGGUUUCCACAAUGCCUCUGCCAUCUGCCAUGCCCGCGUGAUGAGGAUGUGGGAUCAGAUCAGCCACCGGGAGAGCGUGCUGUCCUGUGCUGGUGAUAUCCUCAUCCACACCCAGACAAAGGAGAAGAAUCUGGAAGUGCUGGCAGAGGUGCUGGGGGCUGUCCACAAGACAGGCUUCAGGAUUAGCCCCACAAAGGCCCAGCUGUGCUGGAAGGAGGUCUCCUUUUUGGGGGUGGCUCUGGGGGAGGAAGGGCGCUCACUGGAAAAGCAGAGGGUUGAGCUAAUACAGAAGAUGUCAGCACCAUCUGAUGUCACCACCCUGAGGUCCUUCCUGUCCCUCCUGAGACUGUGCCGUGAGUUCAUUGAGGGCUAUGCAGAGAAAACAGCCUCCCUUUGCCACCUCCUGAAAAAGAACACCCCCUGGGAAUGGGGGCCAGAGCAGGACGAGGCAGUGAAGACCUUAAAGGAGAGUGUGGCACGAGCCCCCAUGCUGACACACCCUCGGGGGGACAGACCCUAUGUUCUGCAGCUGGCCAGCACUGGUAGGGGGCUGCAGGCCACCCUGGGCCAGCAACACAGUGCCAACCUGCUCCCUGUGGCCCACGCCUCGCGUCUCCUGACGCCAGUCGAGCAACAGUUCAGUGACUACGAGAGGGAGGUUUUAAACUUAACCUGGGCCCUGCAGCACUGGGAGUACCUGUUGGGGUCGGCCCCGGUGCUGCUGAGGACCUCCUGCACCCCGGUGAGGUACCUCUUGUUGGGAAAGGGGGAUGAAGGUCCCCUGUGCUGCCCCAGGAUGGCCAACUGGGCGUUGGCGCUGACCAACAAGGAGGUCCCCAGGGACCCCUCACCUGGUGCCUACAGGGUGGUAAUCAGUGCCGAGAGGGAUGGGGAGCAGCCGGGAGCGUCCCUUACUGGCCCCAAGCCACGGCGGGGACCCCUCUUUGAGAGCAGCCUCAGCCUGGAGGAGGCCAAGAAGAGAGGCUACGCUGUGUGGUUUGUAGAUGGGUCCAACUACCACGAGGAAGGGGUGCCCUACACGGGCUAUGCCGCUGUCAACAGGGGCACCGGGGAGGUGGUGAAGGGGAGGUGCCUGCCGCACUCCAUCCAGGCUGCCGAGCUGGUGGCCGUGAUGGCCGCCCUGGAGAACACGCCGGCUGACCAGCCGCUGGCCAUAUUUUCAGACUCGGGUUGGGUGGUGCGUGUGGCCCUGGAGUGGCUGCCCCUCUGGAGGGAGAGGGACAUGCAGUCUGCUGAUGGCAAGCCAGUCACCUACGCCAAAAAGCUGCUGUACCUUGCAAGGCUGGCAGAGCAGAGGGCGUGCCCGGCACAGAUCAUUAAGGUCAAGGCCCACAAGAAGGGAACAGAGGAAGCCAAGUGGAACAAGGAGGCAGAUGCCAAAGCCAAGCAAGGUGCCAAGGAAGGGCUGAUGUGGAAGGCCAGCAAGGUAUCAGAGAAUGGCCCAGUGUCGGUGGCUCCCAGCAGGCACUGGGAGAGUGUGGAUCUGGUGGGCUUGCAGGCACAGGACCCCAGGGUCUGGGAGUUAGCGCAGGGCAGGGAGUACAAAGGGUGCAAGGUGUGGAAAGAUGUCUCAGGACUGGUCCUGGCACGGAGGGAGGGGGCAGAUUUCCCGGUCUGGGUGGUGCCAGAACUGGUCCGGACAGAGCUGGUGGCCCUGGCUCAUGAGCAGGGGCAUCUAGGGACAGACAAGACCAUGGUGAGGCUACAGGGUGCUGGGUGGUGGCCCGAAAUGAGAGAGGAUGUGGAGAGGUAUGUCAGCAACUGCCUGACUUGUGCAGCCAACAAUCCCGAUGCCAAAACAUCGAAAGCCAUCCUGGGCCACCAGAGGGUUUCCGGGCCGUGGAGCAAGUUGCAGAUGGAGUUUAUUGGCCCUCUGUCCCAAACAGCCCAGGGCAAUAAGUACUGCCUAGUGGUCAGUGAUAUCUUCACCAAGUGGGUGGAAGCAUUCCCAGCUCGAAACAACUCAGCCAGUGCAACUGCAAAGAUCCUGGUAGAGCACAUCUUCUCACAGUGGGGCAUCCCAAAGGAGAUCCACUCAGAUCACGGCCAACGCUUCAUCGGGGAAGUCACAAAAGGGGUGUGCCAGGCCCUGGGAAUCAAACAAAAGCUUCACAUCACAGGGCAUUUCCAGAAACCAAUCUCAGCAGAGGGGCCCAAUCAGCCACUGAAGGCAGCACUGAGGAAGCUUGUGAGCCAGCAAAGGAAAGACUGGGAUCAUAAACUCCCACUAACCUUGCUGGCAUUGAGGGGGUCUCUGGCAUCUCAAACACUUUCUCCCCCAAAAUUUCCUCCUGCAAGAGACCCUAAGUUUCUGGAACACUGGUGGCAAGGAGGGGAGCCCCCGGAUGAAAUGCAGCCCCGCGUGCUGAUGGACAGGUGGGUCCAGGACACGCUGAGGACUGUGUCAGCCACUUACCACCAACUCACCUCAGUGCAGGAGACCAGCAUCCCUAAGAUGGAUAAGCAGUUGGGAGUGCUACUGCGCCCCGUGGAGUGGAACACAGGGGACCUGGUAAUAUACCGAGGGGUUAGGGAGAAGAACCAGGUGCUGGAACCCCAGUGGCUGGGGCCUGUUAGGGUCGUGAACAAGGCCAGUCCCUCUGUGUACCAGGUAGAAAUCAGAAAAGGGGCCAAAAGGCAGGAGAAAUGGUUCCAUUCUUCACAAUUAAAAGCAUGGAAGGGAAACUAACGGGGCUGGAGAGCCCGCCUUGCUUAUGUUUUGCAGAUAAAGGAAAAUGGAAGGCGAUUGUGACCAGCGGGAAGGGCGAACUUCGUGUCAUCACCAGCCCUGUUUGUGCUGCAGGGAAAAUGCUUUCAAAUUUGUGAUUGCAGGAUUUACUUUGCUUUCUGGUAUGUGCAUAGUGCUGAGCACCCAAUGUGUUCGGCCAACCCAUCAGCACCUUGGACAAAAUGUCAGUCAUCCUCACUUAGAAAGGCACCUUGACACACAGGCCAUGGCCCAGCACAGGGUUAGGAGGCACACAAAAAUUGGGACUGAUUGGCCCUGGUCCCAGGCUUACAUAAAACAUACAGGAAUUAUGGGAUUAAAUUCUAACAAAGGCUUAAAUUUGUCAACAGUGGUUAUGCAUGGGGAAGAGGUGUACUUGGAAAAUGAGUGGGGCUGGGAUAGCACAAACAGACUUCCACAGUUGCUGGGGAAGGGGGGACAGCAAAUAAAGGUGGGGUGCAGGGUAAUUAAUGGAUCCACUCACCAGAAAGUAACUCAAAUCUCUGUCACUGAAAUAAAAACUAAGAAGAAUCAGAAAAAAAUCUGUGCUGUGGAGAAAUUGGACUGCUGGUACAAUUUUACUUUGGUUCAGCCAGUCCUUGUGGUUUGCCUCUGGGCACAAAACAGCGUGGGACUGUCUUUUAAAUUUAAGAUCAGCACCACAGCACCCUCCUUUGCUGCCAUUAAGAUCUCAAAGUGCCAUUUUUUGGCCUGGCACGCAGCCCCUUAUGCUGAAAUUGGCAACCUGGUAAAACUGGAAAUUAAAUACUCCCAAGAAAGUGUAGCUGACCCAAUGCAAAUUAACGGCACCGCUGUGACAGUCACAGCCCCUAACGGCCACAAGUGGAUCAUUCCAUUGACCUGCCUCUGUGAGAGCAAAACACUUGAUAGGUCUGAAUUAGAUACGCAGGCUUCAUGGUAUAAUCAGGAUUAUGGACGCUGCCCACACCUGAUCAUAAACCUCCAGGUGUGGUGUCAAGGAAACCUGAGCGUAGAAAUGUCCCCCGAACUUGGAGGAAAGUGGUGGAUAGGAGGCCCCGAAGGAUUUAAAAAAGAAUUUGCCAUCACUGCUGUCUUGCCCCCUUUUGUUUCCAAAAUAGGUCCUUAUGUAGUGAAGAAAAAUCACAUCCAGGAGCUGUUGACAGGGCCUGUCCGGUCACUAAAGAAGGUGGUGUUGUCUCUGUCCACUGUUAAUAUUUCCUCUGUCAGACCAUACUGUGCCCCCUUCCUGUCUACUCUGCACACUGGCUGGCUGGCAUGGCUCCACAGCCGCUCCCUCCAGGGCCCCCGGGCCAGGAGAGACCUGCUGGCCACAGCGCUGGGAGGAGGAGGAGCCGGCCUGGGAGUCCUCAACAGCAUGAAUGCUGAAGUCUUGGCAAACAAGCUGGAGACUGUCACCUCGGGUGUGCAGGGCCUCCUCAAGCCCCUGAAUUCAUCCCUGUCCAGCCUUGGGAUGGGGCAGUGGCUUGUGUCAGAGGUGCUGCCCAGCUGGGAACAAAUAAGUGAGAAAGACCAUCAGGUGCUGUUGCGAGCCCUGGGCAUCGAACAAAGCAACGUCUCUCUUGCUCUUAGCUGCAUCCAGGCCCAGAUGUGGGUGCAGAGUGUUGUUGCAGGUAUCCUGAGGGACGGUGAGAACGGCGUCCUGCCCACUGAGAUCCGAAAGAUCGUGUGGGACGCGGCCACAGAGAAGGAGCGGCAGCUCCAGGCCUGGUGGAGGCUGGUCAACUUCACCCACGACCAGGCCCUCAACGCGGUCGUUGCCCACGUCCUCACUGUGGCGGAGGCUCGCAUUGAAAAGGUCUACCCCAUCGUGGCCCUGGGGGUCAACACAAACGGGUCUGUGGUCUACCCCCUGGACCACCGCAUGUGGGCCAGGGUGUCCGAUGGGAAGUGGCAGACGGUAGACUUGGAAGCCUGCAUUUUGGAGCGGGGGCUGGGAUUCAUAUGCGAAGAUGAUGCCCUUAAGGCGAGCGAUGUUUGCUUUGACACCAAAGAAGGGGUGUGCCACUUUGAGAUCAACCCCCAGAGCAGUAACAAAACCAUGUUAGUGUACGUAGGGAAAGGCUGCGUGUGCUUCAGAACGACGUGUAAAUACGUGCAAAUUAAUGAAGCUUAUAACCAGACCAUGUUUAGCGACUCGAAUAUGUGUGCUUGCAAUGUAGCUACUAUUAGAGGCUGUGAUUUUGUGUAUAAACCGCCUGUGUUUACUAGCCAGUUGCUAAUCAGAAACUAUACCUUGUAUCGUAGUAUAACCCCGACCCCCAUCGGUAUGGAUUUAUCGCUUGUAAAAGAAAUGUUAGAGCAUGCAGACUUGCAGCAGCUGCUAGAAAAUGCCAAGGCCGAAGCUAAAAAGAUCCUAAUAACGGUUCACCACGAUGGCAAAGUUAUAAAACAGGUAAUGGAACGAAUUAAGAGGGUGGGAGAACACCACUGGUGGGAAGUUUUUUUCGGCUGGUCCCCCACGGCCACUGGCAUUUUCAACACGCUGCUGCACCCCAUUGUAGUUAUACUGCUAAUGCAAAUCUGUAUGUGCUUUGCCAUGGCAGCCACUUGUUACCGCAUGAGGCAGGUGAAGCUCUUCUUUGACAACCAGGUGAAAGAAGUGGGGCAGGCCAGGAGCCUCCUGAAAUAGUCAAGGGCAAGACUGGGUUGGCCUCUGUGUUUGCCACCAAGAAGAUCUUUUGGCUCCGCUGUUGGCUGCAACCCAGUAGGCGUUGAGCGGUGGGGACACAUGCCAUGCCAGACCUUGAUGAGAGGGGUGGUCUUCUCUGUCACCAGAGGGCCAUCCAGGAGGGGAGGACAGGCCAAGCAGCCUGCAGAUGCCAUGAGUCACAGAAUGGUUGAGGUUGGAAGGGACCUCUUGAGAGGUUUCAUUUUGUCUGAACCCACCUGCUCAAGCAGGGUCAUCUAGAGCAGAUUGCUCAGGACUGUGUUCAGCUGGGCUUUGACCGUCUCCACAGAUGGAGACUCCACAACAUCUCUGGGCAUAUCUAUUUCAUUGUUUGAUCACCUUCAUAGUCAAGAAGCAAAAGUUAGUAUAAGUAACUUGUUUUUGAACUUCCUAUCCCAAAUACUAAUGUUAGAAGCUGCUCUUGUGUGAUUUAAGAGUCCCUAAUCCAGGGAGAUGGGGGUAAGGAAAGCCAAGGACACUAUCUUUGGAAGGAAAGAGGAGGAAAUGUAAUACCUGAACUUGGAAAAGCACCCACUGAAGACAGCAGGGGUGUGAAAAGCCUCAAAGACUUGGAAAGAUGGUAGAAGAUGAGCAGAACAGAAGACCCUGUAAUCCCCACGGACUUUAGGGAGCUGAAUCCACAUGGACCUUUGCAGCACCACCUCCAGGCUCCCAAGACUCCCAGCACGUCUGGCCAGCGGAUUGGUGAGAUCUUGUUUCUGGAGCCUGGACAUCGCUGUUUUGCUUUGCUUUUCCUAGUUGUGCAUGUACUCAAUAAAUCUGCCUGUUAGAGAA